AUGGCUUCGGGAUUCUCAGCCUCGCCGCGGAAAGAGGGCAGCUGGACCAAGUUGGUGAUCUUUGUUGCGCUUUAUGCCUUGCUCCUGGAAUCAAUUGUGGAAUGGGUGCUUGUGCUCUACCUAUAUGGCAAAGGCUUUGUGGAUUCAAAGAUGACAGUGAGCGUCGUUCUGGCUUUGGUCGCGUCUUUUCUCUCGAUCCCAGUUGCUGGGUUACAAACGCUUGUUGCUUGGCAGUACAAUAAGAUCGGUGGAUUUGGUACCCAGAAGUCGGUGCUGCACAAUCUCUGCACCUAUGUCUACCGUCUAGAUCUCAUGGCCUGGCUAGCAACAAGCGUAUCCGGCCUCGUCAUCGUCGCCCAGCAGGCCGACUGUCUUCCAGAUGGCACCGACGAGAGCCCGUGGCGAGUUGGCCUUGGCUGUUCGUUCCAUCGAGCUUCGGUGGUAGUCUCUGUUGCUUCGUUGGUAACUGUGUGCACUAUCUACUGUGCAAGAGAGCUCUGUGAGCGACCAUACGACAUUUCACUCGUUGGGAUUUACACACGACAGCCAACAUUGCGAGAUGACAGCAUCUUUUCCGACCACAGCUGGGAUAGCGAUGAGACCCUCAAGAACGAGAUCCUGAAUCUUUGCCGCCAACAUGACGGCACAAUCAAGGGAGAGUGGUGGUCGCCGGAUCCUCUGGCCGCCAAAGUGAACUGCCAUCCAAGCAUCCGCCAGCCUGCCCCGGUUCGUCUGCGGCCUCAGCUGCACCUCAACACAGAUCCUGGCUCUGAGUGUGGCGAAAUUGUUGCUUCUGGCACGACUGUAUCGCCCGACGAGAACUUCCCGCAUAUUUCCCCUGGUGGUCAAAGUGCCGUUAGCGAAAUGUACCCGAUCUCGCGCACGUCCACCGUCAUGAUAUCGCCAACCGCAUCCGAAUCUCGUGGCUUGAUCUCUGGUCUAUCUAGCGUGCCCAAGGUGCCGGCAAUCCCAGAGCAGUACAUCUCCAAGCACAAGAGGGGAAAGUCCUCCAUCUCAUCCUUGAGGCGGUUCCUGCCAAAAGCCUUUCCACUCUUCCUCCCCUUAUCACUGGACCCUCAGAUCCGCGCUCUAGCCGACCCCAACGCUGCUUCAGAUGUCGAGAAACAAGUGGCCACGCCUUCCAUUGCGCCGCACAGUCGUUCCGGAUCCACGGUGCAUCAAGCUACCCAGACAUCCCCAGAUACGCCCGCUACUCCAGCUCGAAACGAUGCCGAUCCAGAGACCCAGUUCUUAACCGCUGCCCCCGAUAGCAGCGAACGAACCAUGACCAUGAACUCCGCCGAUGCCCCAGAGGUCGUGCCCUCCGAGACAAAGCCAACCGUCAAACGAUCACAAACAGCCUGUCUCGCAGCCCGCUCAAUCCACCACCCCCACCACCCAAACUACGUCCCCGGACCCCCAACCAAUUCCCAGUCCCAAACCCAACCCGCCUUCUCAGCACGAACCUACUCCUUAUCCUGGAGACACCAGAAUGGCACGGUCCAAAUGGACCCAUCCGUGACCCGCAGCAGCAGCCGUGCAACAACAGCCCUCACCCGACCACACCAUCACCACCGCCCUCAACAUUUCAUGCGCGGGAGCAGCAGCGCCUACCCCUUCGACCAAACUGUGGUCCCGCGCCACACCCAGAGCCAGCACCACCCACCGCCGCACUACAUGCCCGACCCGCGCUGGCGAGUGCAGUCCCAGCGCCAUUACGAUGCUAGCCGUGCUCUGCCAGUCCCCGGACCCAUCCCCGUUUUCCCCGUGCCUGCUGCUGCAGGUGGUCCCCGCCGCACCGACGUCGAGGUCAUCUACCCCAGCACCCGUAGACCGCGAAGCACCACAUACGGCGCUAUAGGGGGUCCCGGCCCGCUGAGCUGUAUCAUGGAGUCAACCUCUACGCCGCGCGCCUCGGCGGAUGAGUCUCUGCUUUCGACUUCUGUCGAUGCGAUGCGCACUUAUCGUGGUGCGAACCGCACCAGCUUGGGCUUUUACUAA